AGUAGGACGAGCCUGCACAGGCAGCCACGGGGAGCGCAGCUGCAUGCAUACACACCGCUGAGCCAUCACUUGACUGAGGACCAUAUUGACAACAUCCCUCCUCCUCUUCCUCCACCUCCACAAGCAGCACCCCCCCCCCCCCCCACCCUCCGAAAACCACACCCUCGCUCCCUCAAGACCACAGACUCACCAGCCUCCGCGUCAACUGUUCCAAAACUGACAGCUCGGUCAUGGAAACAGUCAUGAGUUAGAGGAGGAGUGCGGACAACCCAGAGGAUUCCCCAGCGAGAGAGAGAGAGAGAGAGAGAGAGAGAGAGAGAGAGAGAGUGAGGGGCAGAGAAAGAGUGAGAGAGAGAAAGAGAGACACUGAGUGGAGGCAGAAGCUGCUGUCAUAGGAACCACGUUCACAUCAGAGCAGGAGUACACACAUGGACCAGCGACCCUCUACUACAGGACCACUGUAGAGUGACCUUAACUCAGGUACACUGCACACACAUACACACACACACACACACACACAGAGUGUGAGACUGAGACUGAGACAAAACAUCCUGCUAGGUAAACACAGAGACAGACAGACAGAAAACACACACACACACGCGCACAUACACACAGACACGACCAUGCAGACUGCCACGGACAGACAGCAAAUCAAGGUGGAGCGCUUUCUAAAGCUGGGCUACUCCCACACCGACAUUGUGAGGGUGCUGCACAGCCUACGCCAGGAUGCCCAGACCAACGACAUCCUGGAGGAGCUCAUCAAGACAUGCCCCAAGAGCAACAGUACCAGCCAAGCGUAUAGCGCCACCACCGCCAACGGACACACCAACGGACACACCAACGCGCCGCCCGUGGGAACCAGCAAGACCUCCAGAGCUUCCAGCAGCAGCCCCCAGUUGGUGGCCAGAGGGUGCAGCCCACCUCGGAUGGUGUCACCGGCACGGAGCCCUACGCCAGUUGACCGGAACCACGUCAGUAACCUCAGGCCAGUGGUCAUCGAUGGAAGCAACGUGGCCAUGAGCCAUGGAAACAAACAGGUGUUUUCAUGCCGCGGAGUGCAGUUGGCCGUGAAGUGGUUUUGGGAUCGAGGCAUGCGGGACAUUACCGUGUUCGUGCCGAUGUGGAGGAAGGAACAGCCGCGACCUGAGACACCUAUUACAAAUCAACAUAUCCUAACUGAACUGGAACGGAAAAAGAUCCUGGUGUUCACGCCAUCACGCUGUGUGAAUGGCAAGCGGAUCGUGUGCUAUGAUGACCGCUACAUUGUCAACCUGGCCUACGAAUCAGACGGCAUCAUUGUGUCCAACGAUAAUUACAGAGAUCUGCAGAUUGAAAAGCCACUGUGGAAGCAGUUCAUUGAGGAUCGCUUGUUGAUGUACACGUUUGCAAAUGACACGUUCAUGCCUCCUGAGGAUCCCCUUGGAAGGAAUGGUCCAACUCUUGACAACUUUUUAAGGAUAAGACCAACAGUUCCUGAGAACAAGCAACAGCCUUGUCCAUAUGGGAAGAAGUGCACUUAUGGGGUGAAGUGCAAGUACUACCACCCAGAGCGCGCUGACCAAUCCCAGCUGUCCGUGGCAGACGAGCUGAGAGCAAAGAGCAAGUCGGCCAUGGAGCAGGAGCAGGCACUGCACCGGGCCUCCAUCAACGCCACCUCAACCCUCCACCCUUACUCGUCGUCUCUCAGCGACACAGGGCUGGCCGCCUACUCCCACACCGGCUACUUUCCCAGUGCGGUGCCUUGCAUGGGUCAGGAGGACCGGAACUCGCCGGUGCUGCGGUCCAACAGCCCCCGAGGUAGAGGAAGCCCGGCGCACAUGCGCAGCUCCCUGACCGCCUACGGCGGUCUCAGCUCUGACAGUGACCACGGCUUCUGCUCUCUGGACAACUCCAUGACGAGGAUGACCAUCCAGGAGUUGCCCCAUCAUCAUCAUCAUCAUCAUCAUCAUCAUCAGCAGCAGCAGCAGCAGUUUGACACCCAGUGCGGGCGGUCUCUGGCCUUCAGCAGCGGAGUGGCCGGCUCCAGUAACGGCAGCGGAGACUUCUACUCAUCUGGCGGCCCGUGGAUGACCCCCGAGCACCACGAUCAUUUUCACAACGGCAGUCAGGGCGUUCAUGCGCCCGAGUGCUGCUACAGCUCUGUGAUGACGCAGCCUCACGCGCCCGAGUGCCGCUAUACUCCCAUGAUGCCUCAGUCUCACGGGACAGGCGGUGCUCACGCUCACCUGGGCACGCCUUUUGGCCACGGUCAGUGUUCGUAUCAAGCGCUUCCACACGGCCACUAUAGCAGCAUGCGGGCCCACAGCCACGGCCCUUAUUUGCACCUGUCCAGGGAGGAACCACAACACGAAAGGCCCAACAGGGGUACUUGGUCACUGCCUUCGUCUGACCCCACCCAAACAGUGAGUGGAGGUGCUAACAGUGAAAGGAGAGAUGCGAUCAGGGCACAGCUGAGCACCAAUUUCCAACAGAACGCAGUUGACCAGGUCAUGAGCCACAACCCAGACGUCCAGGACACGACCACACUAGUGGGACUGAUCCAUAAAUUCAGACCCAGCUACUGAGAUUAUUUUCGUUAAACUUCUUUCCCUCCUUCACAUAUGGACUCUCAGACGGAUGUUCCUUUCUCAGGUUUAUCUAUGUGCUGUUUACAAUUUCUAAACUGCCCUGAAAGUGCUCUUACCGACAACUGACUUUUGAACUCACUCACUCACUCUCAUUUCCAAAAGCCUGCUUUUUUUAAACUUUAUGUAGACCGUCCACACAGAAUGUGUUUUCAUUGUGAAUGUGCCAUGCACUACUCUCUGUGAAAAAUGAAACUCUUGAUCCAACCUAGUGAAGGCUGGGUGAAGAUCCCGUCUUGCUUCUGGAAAAGUAGCAGUAAGGGCAGCAAACCCUGUCAUGUAUGUAAAAGCAUUAACAAACUGCCAUGUCAAAGCAACAACAUUGUUGUUUUUAGUUCUGUAGCCCCGAUGUGGGGAAUGAGCCCAAAUAUAAAAUUAUUGUUGUGGAAUAUGAAAUUCACUGACAGUAAACAUGUAGGUGUUGAGAUAUACCUCUAAUACUUUUU